CAGACGCUACUGCAGCUGUGGGUAUUUCAAAUGUUUGAAUUUUGAGCUUUUGGUACUUUUGUAUUUUUUUCUGUUUUAAGUCAACCGAAUAUUUUGCAGUCGACGCUGCACUACUGUUACUGUUUUAUAGUCAUUUACGUUGUUGUUCUUGCACAUGUCGUUGCUUUGGUUGAGUAAAUGAAAAAACUUUUGCCGAUUUUGGGUUUUGAUAUAAAAACUAUAAAUAAACGUAUUUACGGCUCAUUUCGAGAUUUGCAAGCGGCGCGUUCGCUAGUUGGUCGGGAAAAUAGGAAAAUUAAAAAAAAAAACGGACAGUUAAAAUAAAAAAUAAAACAAAAAAAGGAAUAUUUCAUUAAAAUUAAAAAACAAAUACUUGGUUUCAUUGCUAUUAAUAAAUCGCAAAUCAUUUCUAUUUUUCGGCCAAUAAGAGUUUGACCAACAAGUUUGCGAUGCCUUAAAUGGGAUACAAAAUUUAAAAUAAAAAUCGUAAAAUUUUGUUUAAGUGAGAAAGCGAGUUGAAAAAAACAAAAAGAGUGGUGAACAAUAAAAAAAAAAAAUUCAAAAGUGAUUAAACGAGAAGCAAUUUUUUUUUUUUAAUUUAGAACCAAGUUGAAAAUAUAUAUUUCAAUAUUUUAUUUUUAUACCAAUUAAAAAUCUAUGCAAUAAAUACUUUACACAAAAAAAAAACAAAUACAACGCAUUACGAGCAGUCAACCUCCAACUGCGGAAAUUAAUAUUCACUAAUUGAUAAACAAAAAAAAAUUAACUAAUCUCGUUAACGAAAAUAAGCGCCCAACACCAAAAAAGGCCAGUGGAAAUGCAUAAAUUUAAUAUUUUGUGUCUUACCGCCAUUGCGGCAAUACUCGGAAGUGCAACUGCCGCAACAAUAUCGGAGAACGCAGCAGCAGCAGCAGCGGUGUCGGACAACUUGGACGGGUACACAACAGCUGCCGUGCAGCCAUCGGCAAUAUCAGGUACAUUUUCUGUCGCGCCAGCACCAGCAACACCGCAAAAUGGAGCAAUAACAGCACCAUCACCACCAGUUCCUCAAACUGCGCCCCAACUACUAAAUGUUGGCGUGUUGGCCUACGAUAAAGUCGGUAUUAGCGAUGGCGUGGAAUUUAGUCCAAUUCCCUCCGAAGUCAACACAGCCAACGCCUACUUCGCAAUUGAACCGUGUAACCUGAAAGAUGCCGCUAAAAACGAAUGCAUUCGUAAUCUAUUUGCCCAAAUCGUGCCUCAGUUGAAGGCCGGCUUACCGCAGUAUGGCAUGCCCUCAAUAGAUCCGUAUUCCUAUAGACGCGGCAUUUUCCGUUAUGACAACGAAGGUGUGCAAGGUGGCCUGCUUAUCAAGAAUAUGUAUAUUAACGGCAUUAGCGAAUUCAAAGUGAACACAUUUUUAUCAAAUUUUACUGAAAAUUCAUUCAUUGUUAAGUUGAGCAUUCAAAUACCAAAAAUCAAAGCAAAUGGACAAUUUAAGGCCGAUGUAAAAUUCGGUGGUUUGCGUUUGGUGCCAAAAGGACCCUUCAACAUAACUAUCGAUAAUAUACGCGCUACCAUUUUAACUGAUGGUGUCAUGGAGACUACUGAGGCGGGUCGCCGCUUGAAGCUGCAACGCUUGAAUGCCAACGUGGCGGUGGGUGAUGCGCGCAUCAUUGCGAAUGGCAUUUUCAGCGAUCGAAAUUUGAAUGCCAUGAUUUUGAAUUUGGUCAACGAGAAUCUACCGGAAAUCACACGCGUGGGCAUACCGGCCACACGCGAGCAAUGGGCACCCAUUUUUAUUACUCACAUCAAUCAAUUCUUUGCGAAUAUUCCUAUUGAUAAAUUUUUGAUAGAGUAAAAAUUCAAUUUCGAUAGGUUUAGAAGCUCAGAUUUCACUUUGAAUUAACAAAUUCGCACACAAAAUAUAAAUUAAAUUUUUAGGUUAAUAAGGUUUAACAAAAUUAUAAAAAAUAGUACUUCAUUUAAGGCGCUCAUUUCCAAGAUCGAAGCAUGUAUUUAUUUAAUUAGUAUUAUAUGACAUGCACUAUCGUACCUUUGUAUUUUUAGUAUAUUUAAGCCUUCGAUUUAAUUGAGAGUUGUAAAUUGUUUAAUAUUUAAUUUAAA